AUGUCUCUAUUUCCCACUGUGUCUGUCGAAAGCACCGUCUUGCUCAGUGCUAUAGCUGGAUUGACAUCUCACAUCAUCUUCAAGAACUACGAGCCGAAUGAUCUGUAUUCUCUUGUCGCAUUGUUGGCAGUAGUACCUGCUCUACCUGUGGUAUGGCUUGGUCAGCUCAGCACGCCGUUCGCGUUGCUUCUCUCCUACGGAGUGUAUUACGGAACAUUGCUGGGCUCUAUCGUCACUUACCGUCUGUCGCCAUUCCAUCCCCUGUCCAAUUACUCCGGCCCGCUUCUGUCCAAGAUCUCUAAGUUGUGGCUGGUGUAUGUGACGUCGAAAGGCAAGCAGUAUCUCUACGUCCAGCAACUGCAUCAGAAGUAUGGGCCUAUUGUCCGUAUUGGCCCAAAUGAAUUAUCUAUCAUCGACACAGAUCUCAUUCCAUACAUCCUUGGUUCAGAGGGGAUGCCGAAAGGCCCUCUGUGGGAAGGGCGGGAGUUCUCGAGCAAACGGGACACCGCGGUUAACAGGGACAAGAAGGGACACUUCAUUGGCGCACACGACUUCGCGGUUCACGCCGAGGCGCGAAAGACGUGGAACCGCGCAUUCACCACAGCCGCGGUGAAGGGUUACGAACCUGUCAUCAUCAAGCGCGCGGCACAGCUGAUCGACGAGCUGAGGCAAAGAUAUGCACAGUCCGAAGACGAGCAAAUUGAAGUGGAUCUAGCGAGGUGGCUGAGUUACUGCAUUUUUGAUUGGACGGGAGACAUGGUCUACGGCGGCGGGAUUGAGCUCAUGCAUGAGGGGGACAAGCAGGGAUACUAUCACACAAUGAUGUCGGGCCUUUAUCUUCCCGCACUAACUGGGCACAUACCUUGGUGCGGGCGUGCCCUGCCAUACUUCUCUUUCGUCGGCAAGCACACGAAGGCACUCGGUUUAUUCGCUUAUAAGCAGCUCACUCGCAGACUCCAGGAAGGGUCUGUGACAAAUGACUUGUUCUACCACUUGCUGGACGAAGGGAAGGAAGACGGCAACCCGUCGACGCCAUUUUCAGUCAUCAUGAUCUACGCCAUCACCGCAACGGUUGCGGCCUCAGACACCAGUGGGACCGCACUGUGCAAUAUAAUGUACUGCGUGCUCUCCAAUCCCGACUGCUAUGCGCAUCUGAAAGAAGAGGUCGACACGACGUUUGGCGCCGCAGAGCCGGUCGAUGCGGUCAAGCUUGCCAGCAUGGAGUACUUGAACGCUGUUAUCAAUGAAGGUCUCCGACUCUUUCCCGCGCUUCCCACCACGCUACAACGGGCCCCCACUCCCGGAAGUGGGCCUCACCGGAUUGGCCCCGAUAUUGUCAUUCCUGAAGGAACGGCCGUCAUUGUUCCCUCAUACACAAUGCAGCGCGAUCCCCGCUACUUCUCGCCCGAUCCGGAAAAGUUCGCUCCAGAGAGAUGGCUCGCUGGCAAAAAUCGGCCCUCGGGUGGUGUCCACAACACCAGCGCCUUCAUACCUUUCUCCACGGGUCCCAUGAACUGUGUGGGGAGGCCCGCGGCUAUCCUCGCUCUGCGAAUGGUGCUCGUGUAUCUAGUGCAGGCAUUCGAUAUGCGCUUUGCGGAGGGAUAUAGGCCGCGCCAGUGGGAGGAAGAUCUGGGAGACUACUUCUCGUGGCAGAAGGGGUCCAUGCCUGUCGUGCUGACUCCCCGUUUCUAG